AUGUCUACGCCCGGCGCCAAUCCAUCGGACGCAGAGAUGGCCGACGGCACCAGCACGCCUCAUCGCACCCCUGGUAGUCGAGCAGGCGCCAUCUCUAGCCCUCUCCAGUUCCCUUCAUCCAGUCCUGCGCCCGGACUGGGCGCCACUCCAAAGAGCAUGCGCAAUGGUCGCGGUGCUUCCAGCGUCGCCCCUUCCUCUGCUCGCGGCUAUGGCGAAUCCUCUCCACUGCGCUUCCCAUCGAGCUCCAUAGCUGGCACACCUCGAGCUGCUGCGGGCCACACGAGCAACCAUGACGAUGGGAAUCGCAACGCUACCCCCGGCAGCACUGCUCGACAGUCGCACCAGCGAAGUGGACUCUUCUUCGACGACCUCUCUACACCCCGUCCCCGCCGCGGUGAGAUUCAUUCGAGUGCAUUGCAAGUAUCGCCUGCUGCAAUGCGCCAAGCGAGAAACUACGCUGCUCGUCACCAGACCCCUGUAGGCACCGAGGAUGGCGCUGCCUCGUCCUUUUCCGACUUUAACCAAAAGGUCAUUUGGGGCACCACUGUCAGCAUUGGCUCGACGAUGACCAUGUUCAGAGAAUUCCUGCGCGCAUUCAAGCUCAAAUACAGAUGGGCUGCUGAAGCCAAGGAGCAAGGCGAGGGGCGCGCAAACAGUCAUGCUCGUGUCCCGCCAGGUCGCAAAGUGUCCGAGGGAGAGACGUUGGUGUACGAGAAUUACCUUCGACGUAUGCGCAUCACCGAUCAGACCAACCUCAACCUGCGCGUAACGGAUCUGGCUGCCUUUGGGCCAUCGAAGCAGCUGGCUCAUCACCUCAUCAAGUACCCGAAUGAAGUCGUUCCCAUCAUGGACCAAGUGCUCAAGGAUGAGAUGAUCGACUUGGCAGAGAGGGACGCUGCCAACGCCCCUCGGUAUGGAGGCGGCGCCGUCGAAGAGGCAGAACGCCAACAACAAAUAUCGGCCGACAUGGAGCGGCUGGAGUCGUCGCUCUUCAAAGUCAGAGCCUUCGGCCUGGACGCCAUCAACAUGAGGCAGCUCAACCCCAGCGACAUCGACAAACUCAUCACCAUUCGAGGUCUCGUCAUUCGUUGCACGCCCAUCAUCCCCGACAUGAAGCAGGCCUUCUUCAGGUGCAUGGCCUGCAACCACACCAUCCCCGUCGAGCUCGAUCGAGGUCGCAUCACCGAGCCAGACCGUUGCCCGCGAGACAUGUGCAACCAGCAGGGCACCAUCUCGCUCAUCCACAACAGGUGCGAGUUUGCCGACAGGCAAGUCAUUCGUCUUCAAGAGACUCCCGACGCUGUGCCGGAUGGUCAGACUCCGCACACAGUCACUCUCUGCUCCUACGAUGAGCUGGUAGACGUGUCGAAGCCAGGUGAUCGAGUCGAGGUGACUGGAAUCUUUCGCAGUCAGGCGGUUCGCGUCAACCCUCGUGCGCGCACCCAAAAGAGCUUGUACAAGACGUUUGUGGAUGUCAUUCACAUAAAGCAGGGCGACACGCGUCGACUAGGAUUGGACGCCAGCACCCGCGGUGUGGCAGAAAAGGGUGACGCCCGUCGUGCUCAGGCUCUCGGAGUUGGUGGCGAGGAAGAUGACGACGCGGACGACGACGGUGAAACGCACACCGCUGAAGCCCUCAACUCCGAGACUGAGCAAAAGAUGCGUGCGAUUGCGAACCGUCCCGAUUGCUACGAGCUGCUGGCAAGAAGCCUUGCACCAAGCAUCUAUGAAAUGGAGGACGUCAAAAAGGGCAUCCUGCUGCAGCUGUUCGGAGGAACCAACAAGACCAUCUCUUCCGGCGGCGGGGGUGGAGGCCCAAGGUAUCGAGGCGACAUCAACGUGCUCAUGGUUGGUGACCCAGGAACGAGUAAAAGUCAGCUGCUGAUGUACGUGCACAAGAUCGCCCCUAGAGGCGUGUACGCGAGCGGCAAAGGAAGCAGCGCCGUCGGUCUCACGGCCUACGUCACCAGGGAUCCCGACACGAAGCAAUUGGUCCUCGAAAGCGGUGCUCUGGUGCUCAGUGACGGAGGUGUCUGCUGCAUCGACGAAUUUGACAAGAUGAGCGACGCAACUCGCAGCGUCUUGCACGAAGUGAUGGAACAACAAACGGUGUCGAUCGCAAAGGCGGGCAUCAUCACCACUUUGAAUGCCAGGACAUCUGUGUUGGCCGCCGCCAACCCCGUUGGCUCCAAAUACAACGUCCGAUUGCCCAUCACGCGCAACAUCGACCUUCCACCAACGCUGAUCUCACGUUUCGACCUGGUCUACCUCGUGCUCGACAAGGUCGAUGAAGCGUCGGACCGACGUCUGGCUCGACACUUGGUGGGAUUGUACCUCGAAGAUAGACCUAGCACCGCCCCCGGAGCUGACGUGCUUCCCAUUGAGACGCUCACGUCGUACAUUGGACACGUGCGUGCCAAUGUUCAUCCAGUGAUCUCGGCAGCAGCUGGUGAAGCGCUUGCCGAACGCUACGUGGCCCUGCGAAAAGCGGGCGAAGAUCCGCGAAGCUCAGAGCGGCGCAUCACUGCUACCACGAGACAGCUCGAGAGCAUGAUCCGAUUGUCUGAAGCCCAUGCGCGCAUGCGAUGGAGCGAGACGGUGGAGGUUCAAGACGUCGACGAAGCGGCCAGAUUGAUCGCGGAGGCGACCAAGAGCAGCGCUACGGAUCCCACCACUGGACUCAUCGACUUGGACCUCGUCAACACUGGUCGAGGUCUUGCAGGCCGAAAGCUCGCAAGCGAUCUGAGACGAGAGGUGAUUAGCCUCAUCGACUCGAUGGGAGGCGGAACGAACGCUGCGAAUGGCUCGACCGCCCCAAACGUAUCCGCGCGCGCAAUCAGGUAUUCGGAGCUGGCAAAAGCCCUGGCGGAACAAAGCACGUAUGGAUCCGUCGACCCCACCGAGCUGUACGAUUUGAUGAGGACUCUCGAGACCGAGGGCCUCGUCAAGAUCGCCGGCAGUGGCGAAAGAAGAACGGUCAAGCGAGUGGGCUGA